AUGAGUACUUGUUCGCCAUUGCAACUAAGCGCGUCUUUCAAGCGAUAUUAUGCUCAGAUGCGUGACCCCACCUUUGCAACAGCAACAACCCCGUUGCACGUGGCUGUGCUCAAUAACGACUAUAACCGAGUGCACCAGCUUCUGACCAAGAAUGGCGUUGACCCGAACAUCACCGACCAGACCGGAUGUAGCGCACUUAAUCACGCAGCACUACUUGGAAAUGCAAAAAUCUGCGAGUUGCUGGUCGCGUCUGGAGCUAGUACCAAUUGCGCAGCUCACGACGGAAGCUCACCCCUCCAUAAAGCCGCACAGGGUGGACGCACCAGUGUCGUCCAGCUAUUGCUUCGUGAAGGAACCGAUCCGUAUGCAUUAAACAAGAAAGGGGAAAACGCGUACACGAUCGCCAGUCAUCGAAAUCAUGUGCAAGUAGCGAUGCUGUUGUAUCCAUACUCGACACUGCAAGGCGAGAAGCGAUUGGAAUAG